UUAAUUUUUAUCAUCACUCCCUCUCUCUCUCUCUGGUCUGAAUUCACAAGAAUAAAGGAUCCAUUUUUAAUAUUUUGGGGGAAUGAGAGAUUUUUUACUCUCUGAUUUUUGAUUAAUCGAUCUCACAUUUCAUCAUCUGGGUUUCAAGUUUCGAGGAUGCCAGCGACGGAAUACCAAAGAUCAUUCGGGAGGUCUUUACUCAAUUUACGGCGUGACUCGGCUGUGAACUCUGUUGACUCGGCAUCAGUUACCGGCGGCGUCGGAGGACACGAGUUGAGUCCGAUGGAGGCGGAGUUGGAUUCGUUUCAGAGAAAAGUCGCUGAGAGGUUUAUCGAUCUCAAUGCCUCUGGUUGUGAAGAUCUGCUGUCUCUCGAAUGGGUUGGGAAGCUUCUCGAUUCGUUUCUGUCUUGUCAAGAAGAGUUUCGUGCCAUCCUGAUCAACCAUCGCUCUUUGAUCACUAAACCUCCCAUGGAUCGAUUGGUUGCCGAUUACUUCGAGAGAAGCGUCAAGGCUCUCGAUGUCUGUAACGCCAUCCGUGAUGGUGUUGAGCAGAUCCGUCAGUGGCAGAAACUAAUCGAAAUCGUUAUCUGCGCUUUCAACAACGGCGGUGGCGGAAGCAGCCAGAGACCUCUCGGGGAAGGUCAGUUCCGCCGUGCGAGGAAGACUUUGAUUGAGUUGGCUAUUGGUAUGCUUGAUGAAAAGGAUUCAUCUUCAAGCUCUGUUUCGUCUCAGCAUCGUAACCGUUCAUUUGGGAGGAACAAGGAUCAUCUCCAUCACAAAACCAUCGGGCAUUUCAGAUCGCUUUCCUGGAGUGUUUCAAGGUCAUGGUCAGCUUCCAAGCAAUUGCAAGCUAUAGGGAACAAUCUAGCUACUCCUCGAGCUAGUGACAUUACUGCAACUAAUGGUCUCGUUGUUCCGGUCUAUACAAUGACUUCGAUAUUGCUGUUUGUCAUGUGGGCGCUUGUGGCAGCGAUUCCUUGUCAAGACAGAGGCUUGCAAGUGCAUUUCAAUGUUCCUAGGAAUUACCCAUGGGGAGGCUCUUUGAUGUCGUUGCACGAUAGGAUCAUUGAGGAAUCGAAGAAGAGGGAGAGGAAGAACACUUGUGGGUUGCUUAAAGAGAUACAUCAGUUUGAGAGGAGCUCAAGGUUGAUGAAUGAUUUGGUUGAUUCUGUUCAGUUUCCUUUGUCGGAUGAGAAAGAGGUGGAAGUGAGAGAGAGGGUUGAGGAAUUGGGGAAGCUUCAAGAAGCUUUGAAGAAUGGUUUGGAUCCGUUUGAGAAGAAAGUGAGGGAAGUGUUCCAUCGGAUUGUUCGGAGCAGAACAGAAGGUCUUGAUUCUGUCGGAAAGCAUCACGGUUCUGAAUGAUGUUUUGUGAAAUUUUAAAGGGAAGGAGCAGGAUUUGUGUAUUUUGUAAGCAGUAUAACCUGGACAAGCUCAAGUGCGUAUCAGUUGUGCCUUUGCCUUGUCUGAAACUGAAUGAUUCAUGGAGAGCACAAUGCUGAAAGAGAAACUUCAUUUUUACAAUCUUUGUUGUUAUGUAUAAUUUUCUUACAAAAGAUUGUUAAUAUAUAUGUAUUUGGUUCUUUUUGGUAA